CCGUGUGCAGCAACGAAGACCCAAUGCAGCCAAAAAUUAAUUAAUUAAUUAAUUAAUGAAAAGAAAACGAUUGCCCCUUCGUUAAAAAAUAAAUAAAUAAAUAAAAUAAAAUAUUGGGUGGAAGAUUGUUGGGGAGCAGGAUAAUGUUGGGGAAUGGAUAUUCACUACCUUUACUAGGUGCCUUGCAGCACUAUGUUAAUUACCUGGAUCUGAUAAACAAGAGGCUACCUUUUGGCCUUGCUCAGAUUGGAGUGUGUUUUCAUCCUGUUUCUGAUACUAAGCAGACACCUGAUGGUGUUAAAAGAAUUGGUGAAAAGACUGAAGCUUCACUGGUAUGGUUUACUUCAGCAAGAACUGCGAGCCAGUGGCUUGAUUUCUGGUUACGUCAUCGACUCCUGUGGUGGAGAAAGUUUGCUGUGAGUCCAUCUAACUUCAGCAGCAGUGAUUGUCAGGAUGAAGCGGGCCAAAAAGGAAACAAACUUUACUACAAUUUUCCGUGGGGAAAGGAGCCAAUAGAAACCCUGUGGAAUCUAGGAGAUCAUGAACUUUUACACAUGUAUCCUGAAAAUGUAGCUCAAUUACACAUUCUGACCUACUGGUUGCAACAUCCAUUGAUGAUUCUUGCCCAAAUCAAUUAUUACUAUGAGGGUUGCCAAAUGGGCAGAGAUGGACGGAAAAAUGUGGUUCCUUCUGUUUUAUCCAUAAAUGGAGAUCUAGACCGAGGCAUGCUGGCAUAUCUCUACGAUUCUUUCCAGCUAACAGAGAACUCCUUUACAAGAAGGAAAGAUCUUCAUAGAAAGGUGCUUAAACUUCACCCUUGUUUAGCCCCUAUUAAGGUUGCUUUGGAUGUGGGAAGAGGCCCAACAGUGGAACUAAGACAGGUUUGUCAAGGGCUAUUUAAUGAAUUAUUAGAAAAUGGAAUAUCUGUGUGGCCUGGUUAUUUGGAAACUGUGCCAUCCUCAUUGGAACAACUUUAUUCAAAAUAUGAUGAAAUGAGUAUCCUCUUCACAGUGUUGAUUACUGAAGCUACUUUGGAGAACGGAUUAAUACAUCUGAGAAGUAGAGACACCACAAUGAAGGAAAUGAUGCAUAUAUCCAAAGGGCCUCAGCCUUCACAGGAAGAUUGUAUUCCUGGUCUCAGAUCAGCUGGCUGCACUAACUGGCAACAUGGAAUGUCUAUACUGCAGUUGAGGAAGGAGGAAUUGAAACAUUCAUGAAGAAGCAGAGAGCAUGGACUUCUGUCUGAGAUAAG